AUGAUAUGGACUUUGCCACUAAAGCCCUCGGUGCUCGGGGUUGCCGUUGCCGCUGGGCUGCUGCUAUGUCCCUCCACGGACGCGCGAAAACUCCGCAGCGAGCAAAUUGAUUUCGAUAUCCUUGAUUUCAUCGAUCCUUUUAUUGGUACCGCAAAUGGAGGACAUUCGUUCGCCGGUGCGACCUUGCCUUUUGGUAUGGUCAAGGCAGUCGCCGACACGCAGGGCGAGAACCAAGGAGGGUUCGCUUAUGACACCACGCACGUAACAGGGUUCUCUCACACUCAUGAUUCUGGUACAGGGGGUGCCUCCUCAAUGGGAAACUUCCCUUUGUUCGUGCACCCCAGCUGCCCGGAUGACGAUAUUGCAAAUUGCUCCUGGACUUCUUCAGACAGAGCUGUACCCUGGAACCGCGACUCUCCUGGCCCUGAAGCGCGACCCGGGUACUUCGCUAUAUCACUAGAGAAUGGCUUGCAUGCCGACAUGACCGUGACCAACCGCUCGGCACUCUAUCAAUUUCAGUUCCCCGACGGCACGGGGACGAGUCCGGUGGUUUUUCUCGACAUUAUCGAUCUUCCACAGUCGAGGAAUCAUGGGACUGCUUGGGUUGAUCCCGAGACAGGAAGACUGACUGCCAGUGGCAACUUCAAUCCUAGCUUCGGGGAGGGGACAUAUAAUAUCCAUGUCUGUGUUGACUUCCACGGCGCCGAAAUUCGUGACACCGGGUCGUGGACGAACAGGAGCGCUGACUUAGGACAAAGCACUGUGUCAGUUACGGCCAACUCAUCGUAUCCGGCGAGUCAAUACUCUGCAGGAACUUUUGUCAGGUUCAACUCUGUAUCUGCUGACGAUGUGAUAUCUGCUCGCGUUGGAGUAAGUUUCAUGAGCGUGGAACAGGCUUGCUCGAACGGCGAAAAGGAGCAGCCGGAUUUCGACUUCGAGCAAACACGAGCAGCCGCUGAGAGUGCGUGGAGAAAGAAAAUGGAAGUGAUUACUAUUGACGCUGAAGGCGCGUCAACAGAGCUCCAAAAAGUGUUCUGGAGUGGCGCGUACCGCGCCAUGAUCAGCCCGCAGGAUUAUACAGGUGAAAACCCGCUGUGGGAGAGCGAUGAGCCCUACUAUGACAGUUUUUAUUGUAUAUGGGAUUCCUUCCGUGGCAUCCACCAGCUUCUCACUCUGAUCGAUCCGAUAUCCCAGUCACGAAUGAUACGAAGUCUAGUCGACAUCUACCGCCAUGAAGGUUACCUCCCUGAUUGCCGGAUGUCUCUCUGCAAGGGCUGGACACAGGGUGGCUCGAACGCAGACGUGCUGAUUGCAGAGGCCUACUUGAAAGGCGUCAUCGACGUCGACUGGGCCACUGCCUACGAAGCAAUUGUGAAAGACGCAGAAAUCGAACCCUACAACUGGAAUGUUGAAGGGCGUGGCGGUCUCAGGAGCUGGAAGAAUCUUGGGUACAUUCCGAAGAACGAUACCGAUCCCGGUACUGAAGGGCUACGCACAAGGAGCGUGUCAAGAACGGUCGAGUAUGCUUACAAUGAUUUCUGUAUAGCGCUCAUGGCGGACAAGCUGGGGCGCGCAGAUGACCGGGAUAAGUACCUGGAACGGUCAGGAAACUGGCGAAACCUAUGGAAAGAAGACCAGUCCUCUGCUAUCAACGGGGUCGAUACAGGCUUCACCGGCUUCCUCCAGCCGCGUCUGGAAGACGGGUCCUGGGCGUACCAGGACCCCAUCUUUUGCAGCCCGCUAUUGAACUUCACGUCCUGCUAUCUGAAUGCCGACGGGCACGAGACUUAUGAGGGUAGUUGCUGGCUUUAUACCUUUUUUGUUCCGCAGGAUAUGGCCACGCUCAUCACAACCCUCGGUGGCCGCGAAGCAUUUACCUCCCGCCUGUCCUACUUGCAUGAUUCCGGGGUCCUGUAUCUGGGCGACGAGCAGGCCUUUUUGACGGUUUAUCAAUACCACUACGGGGGGCGCCCCGGUCUGUCCGCCAAGCAGGCACACAGUUACAUCCCGUCGCAGUUCAACACCUCCGUCUCUGGCAUCCCCGGUAACGACGACAGCGGCGCAAUGGGCUCAUUCGCCGUGCUAGCUAUGCUUGGCCUAUUCCCCGUCCACGGACAGGAUGUAUACCUGAUCACGCCGCCUUUCUUUAGAGAGAUUAGUAUUCGAAACGAUGUGACGGGGAAGAUCGCAACAGUAAAGGCAAAGGGUCUUGAUGCAGGAUACGAAAACAUCUACAUUCAGAGCGUAAAGAGGGACGGCAAUUCAUGGACGAGGAAUUGGAUUGGACACGAUUUCUUCGCCGAGGGGGGGUUAUUGGAGAUAGUGGUUGGGAAGGAGGAGAGCGACUGGGGGACGAGGCUUGAAGAUCUGCCGCCUAGUGUGUCGGAAUAUGCGUAA